AUGGUGAACGCUCCCAUUGAUGUUGACAGUUCUGAUGUUGUUAUGAAAGAUGAAAGUAAUAUCUCUCAUUCAACUGUAUAUGAAAAUGUCCAAGAAUCUUGUAAACAACUUCCGAUAUAUUCAAUGAGAAAAAAAAUUAUUCAAAUGGUGCGAAAAAAUGAGUGUGUCAUCUUUUUAGGUGAAACAGGAUGUGGUAAAACAACUCAAAUUCCACGAUUUUUAUAUGAAGCAUACAGUACACAAAAACUAUUCAAAGGACAGAUAUGUUGUACACAACCUAGACGAGUGGCUGCCAUUUCUAUUGCACAACGAGUAGCAGAAGAAUGUGGACAACAAUGUGGACAGUUAGUCGGUUACAGUGUUCGUUUUGAAGAUCAAACAUCAAAAUCAACAAAAAUAAAAUAUAUGACAGAUGGUAUGUUAUUACGUGAAGCAUUAAUCGAUCCACAUUUAAAACGUUAUCGUAUUAUUAUAUUGGAUGAAGCUCAUGAACGUACACUUCAUACAGAUUUAUUAUUUGGAAUUGUUAAACAAGCAUUGGAAAAACGGCGACAAUCAAAACGAAAAUUACAUAUUCUUGUUAUGUCAGCAACAAUGGAUGUUAAAUUAUUUUCAGAUUAUUUUAAUUCAUGUCCAGUACUGUAUUUAGAAGGAAGACAAUUUCAUAUUGAUGUCUAUCAUUUAGAACAAAAACAAACAGAUUAUCAACAUUCAGCAUUAAUUACACUCUUUCAAAUUCAUCGUUCUACACCACCAUCCGAAGGUAUAUUAUUAUUUUUAACUGGUCAAGAUGAGAUCGAUUCAACGUGUAAAACAAUACGUCAAAUAGCCGAUACAUCGAGUGUACC